AUGGCCUGUGACUUCGCCGGUAACGAGAAGCACCAGCACGACCACGAUGGCGACGGCAAUCACCUCAACCCGUGCAGCAGCCACCUGCAGUCCGCCUUCGACCGCUACAACUCCUACCUCGAGUCCGCCCGCUGCAUCUGCCGCAGCGUGCUCGUCCCCCAGAAGGAGCCCUGCUGUGCCCGUCAGCCCUCGCGUCUCUCGCUCUUCGGCAAGGCUGGCGCCCGUCCCGCCCAUGACCACAAGGACAAGAUGGUCUCCGUCGAGGAGACCCGGGGUUUGUUGACGUCCGGCCCCGACCACGAUCAUGACCACGAUCACGAUCACGACCAUGAGCACGACCAUGCCCACGGCCACAGCCACGACGACCAUGGCCAUGGCGAAGCUGACAGCUGCUGCGGCGGCGGCGACGACCAUGGCUGCGGAUCCAAGGGCGGCGCCAUCAUUGCCAGCGAGAAGGUCGACCUCGAGAAGUCUGCCGGCCACGAGCACAUCUGUCUGUCCGUCAGCGGCAUGACCUGCUCCGGCUGCGGCAACAAGAUGGCCAAAACCCUGCGCGAGACCCCCGGCGUGCUCAACGUGCGCGUCAAUUUCGUCAUGGGCAGCGCCGACUUCGACCUCGACACCAAUGUCAUCGAGGUCAACGAGCUGAUGCGCCAGGUCACCCGCGCCACCGGCUUCCAGUGCUCCAAGCUCUCCAGCAGCGACCAGUACAUCGACGUCUUGGUGACCAAGCAGUCCAUGGCCCAACUCACCAACAACUUCCCGCCCGGCGUCAUCGACGUGACCCCGCUCGGCAAGAAGGCCGCCCGCGUCACCUACGACCCCAUGGAGGUCGGCGCCCGCUCGCUGCUCGCCUCGCUGGGCGACUACACCAAGGGCCUGGCGCCGCCCAACUACCAGGACCCGUCCGCCACCGCCGAACGCCGCCGGCUCUACGACAUGCUGAUCAAGACCGUCGCCGCCGCCGUCUUCACCAUCCCCGUGGCCGUGCUGGCCUGGGGCCACGACCUGGUCCACAGCGACACCAAGGCGUACAUCUCGCUCGCCCUGGCGACUGUGGUGCAGGCCAUUGCUAUUCCGGAAUUCUACAUGCCCGCCAUCUCCUCUCUGAUCUACAGCCGCACCAUUGAAAUGGACAUGCUUGUCGUCAUCAGUAUCACCGCGGCGUACUUCUACUCCGUCGUGGCCUUUGGCUUCGACAUGGCCCGCAAGCCGCUAGAGACCAAGGAAUUCUUCGAGACGAGCACGUUGCUCAUCACGCUGGUUCUCUUUGGCCGGCUGGUGGCCGCCUACGCCCGGCGCCGAGCCGUGGCCGCGGUCUCGACCCGCUCGCUGCAGCCCGCCACUGCCAAUCUGCUUGAAGGCAAGGAACACCGGGAAGUCGAUGCACGGCUGCUGCAGUUCGGCGACAAUUUCCUGGUCAUGCCGCACUCCACCGUGCCCACGGACGGCAAGAUCAUCGAGGGCUCCAGCGAGCUGGACGAGUCCAUGCUCACCGGCGAGAGUCUGCCCGUGCCCAAGAAGGUCGGCAUGCCCGUCAUCGCCGGCACGAUCAACGGCUCGGGCAUCCUCAAGUGCCAAUUGACCCGGCUCCCCGGCAAGAACACCGUCACCGACAUCGCCGGGCUGGUCGAGGAGGCCUCCAACACCAAGCCCCGAGUGCAGGGCCUGGCCGACCGCGUCGCCGGCUGGUUCGUCCCCGUCGUCUCGACCGUGGCCGUGAUCGUCUUCGUCACCUGGGUCGCCGUGUGCAUCAAGGUGCGCAUGCAGGCGCCCGGCAACGCCGUCGGCACCGCCAUCACCUACGCCAUCGCCGUGUUCGCCGUCUCGUGCCCGUGCGCGCUGGGACUCGCGGUGCCCAUGGUGCUGGUCGUCGCCGGCGGUGUGGCCGCGCGCGGCGGCGUGGUCAUCAAGUCCGCCGACUCCACCGAGCGCGCCCACAGCCUGACCGACGUCGUCUUCGACAAGACCGGCACCAUCACCACGGGCCAGCUGGACGUCGCCGCCGCCGAGGUGCUGGCCGGCGACCGCGCCGAGAUCCUGUCCAUCUGCAAGGCCCUCGUCUCCGACAACAAGCACCCCGUCUCCGUGUCCGUGGCCAAGUACCUUGAAAACGAGACCGCCGACCAGCGCCUCGAGAACGUCCGGUCCGUGCCCGGCGCCGGCGUCGAAGCCACGCUCAACAACGCCGCCCUGCGCGCCGGCAACCCGCGCUGGCUGCAGGUCGAAGGCCACCCGGCCGUCACCGCCGUCGUGCAGCAGUGCAUGACGCCGCUGUGCAUGACCAUCAACGGCGAGCUCGUCGCGGUGUUCGGGCUCAAAUCCAACCUCCGACCGGAAGUCAAAUCGGUCAUCGCGCGGCUCCAGCAGCGCAACAUCACGCUGCACAUCGUCAGCGGCGACGAGCGCAAGGCCGUCGAAGACGUCGCAGCGUCCGUGGGCAUCCCCGCGGCCAACGUGGCGGCGCGCAAGACACCCGCUGAGAAGCGCGACUACGUCAAGGCGCUCAUGGACGCGGGCCGCACCGUGCUGUUCUGCGGCGACGGCACCAACGACGCGGUGGCGAUCGCGCAGGCCGACGUCGGCGUGCAGAUCGGGUCGUCGUCGGACGUGACGCGCGCGACGGCUGACGUGGUGCUGCUGUCCGGGCUGGAGGGGCUGGUGUUCGUGCUGGACGUCUCCAAGGCGGCGUUCCGCCGCAUCCUGUUCAAUUUCGUCUGGUCCGCCGUGUACAAUGUGCUGGCGAUCCUGCUGGCGGGCGGUGCGUUCGUCAAGGUGCGCAUUCCGCCAGCGUAUGCCGGGCUGGGCGAGAUUGUGAGUGUGUUGCCGGUGAUUGUGGCCGCGUUGAGUAUGUCUGGUAUGAAGAAGUCGCAGCUGUGA